GAGUUUCCAAGCGCUUACGUCUUUGUCUAGGCAAGGGGAUAAUGUAACCGUAGCAGCAGAGGUGGACUUACUCGAGGUACGGCAGAAUCGGUCCGAUCUAUUCUGAAGCUUAACCUAUGGACCCUUUCGUAGCUGCGUAGCUAGCUUACAAGAAGCCGCAUAUCCAAGUUUCAUUCUCAUUCUUCAACGGUCAGUCCAGUUUUUUUUUUAGUUUAUGAGCAUACGUAAGGUACUAAUUUAAAUCGCACAUUUCGCUCCUAUCCGCUGGUCUAGACCCAUCAACAUGGCAGACUUACCCGUCUUAGAAAGUAAAGUGGCUUUUGAUGCGCCCAAUGCGGGAAAGCCAUCCACCACCUGGUACAAGGUCGUCGGCGACCUAGACAAAUCGUCAACCCCGGCCUUAAUUGUACUUCAUGGAGGACCCGGUGCGGGACAUGAGUACUUGGCUCCUUUUACGGAUCUAUACACGCAAUACGGUAUUCCCAUCGUAUUCUAUGACCAGAUUGGAUGCGGGAGGUCCACUCACUUCCAAGAGAAGAUAAGGGAUGAUUCAUUCUGGACGGUCGACCUUUUUAUUGCCGAGCUUGACAAUCUUGUUGAUCACUUAGGAUUACGCGAAAAGGGCUUCUUCGUCGCCGGCCAGAGCUGGGGCGGCAUGCUGGCAGGAUCGUAUGCAUCCCGGCGUCCUCGUGGCCUGAGGAAAUUGAUAGUCGCCGGCGCGCCUGCUAGCUUCCCUCUUUUCGUGGAAUACGGUAAAAAGCUACGUGCCGCAUUACCAACGGAUAUCCGUGAGAUACUAGAAGCCGGCGAUCGAGAUGUGAGCUACGAAACCUCAGAGUACGAAAGGGCCAGCGCCUUCUUUUAUUCGCGGCACGUCUGUUCGCUCGACCCCCUUCCUGAACCUGUAAAGCAGGCCUUCGUAAACUUGAAGGACGACCCGACAUCUUACAAUACUAUGCAAGGACCUUCUGAGAUAGUCAUCGAUGGCAACCUCAAGGACUGGGAGGGCUGGAAAGAUGCCCAUAAUAUUCAGGUCGACACAUUGCUUUUGAACGGGAGGUAUGACGAGGUGGGGGAGCCAUGUGUAGAACCCUGGGGUAUGGUAAUUCCGAGGAUCAAGUGGGUGGUAUUCGAGAAAUCUAGCCAUAUGGCGCACUGGGAGGAGCGUGAACGAUUCAUGCAGGUAGUCGGUACCUUUCUUAUAGGCUACUAAGGCCACUCGCUUGAUCAUGUUAUCAGACGUACCAGCGGACAUAUUCGUACAUGUAUGCAUUCUUGCUCCUAUGGAGGAAACCUGGGGUUAUGACUCUGAGAGCUGAAGGUGGGUGAGUGUCGUAAUACUUUCUUAGGUCGGUGCUAAAGAGUUACAACAAUGUAAAGAGGUUAGCAAAUCAGACUAUGAGUUACUCAACCAGUCAACUCCAUUCGCGGGUUUCUAAUUGAUGUAUACAUCCUUCGGUCCAUAAA